UAUUUAUAAUCAAAUGGGUCGCGUUUGUGUGCGCGUGUGUUUACGUUAUGCACCGCACCAGCACACGGAGAGGGGCCGAGCCGGGCAAUGAUGUGCACGAAGUAUUAUCCCUUAUUACACGAUUCGCUUCCGCGCUGAACGCACGUGCAACAGUCGUCACUUGGCCGUCGUUACCGGGCGCGGUGCGAAGUGCCAGUUUGUUUACAUCGCGCUCGAACAACGAUGUAUAAGUGCUUUAGUUAGCGCGAUUGUGUCAUCGACCGUGCGCGGCCCUCGGCUAAAUUGCGAGUGAUUCACAGACAAUAAUCGUACGUUGUUUUCGGAAGAGAACUUUUUAUGUGAAACUUUUUUAGUAAUUUUUAUUCGGACCGACUUAAGUGAUCUCUUUAGCCGAAUUUAAGUGCGAAUUUUCGAGACUCGCUGUGCCAUCCGUAGUGCCGUGAACUAUUUGAUGUGAAAAUUUCAUGGAACGAAGCAACUUUUUCACAACAUAGAAAUAUUUGUUCUUGAAAAAAAGUUUGUUCUGAUUUUCAUACAUUAGCGAGACAAUAGAGUAUUGAGGCGGGAGGAGCUAAAUACACAAAGGCCACACAGUAUUUAUGCAUACAAAAUCAACCGCAAUCAGCCCACGUUUCCGUAGAAAAAGACAAAGAUGGCUAUAGCGUUCAACUUGCCAAGCGAACGCGAGGCUGCGGACGAGAACUUUUCACGUCUGAACCGGCUGCUGGCCGAGCUGUACGAGGUUCUGUGCCACAUCCUGGUCUCACGACAGCCUGGCGAGGUCCAGGAGAAUCGUCGAGGUGAGUGCCCUCGUGCGCCUAGCCCACCACCUUACCACUUAAGAUGCAAUUCGACCUACAUUGUCAACUUAGUUAUGGUUGUGGCCAUCAUUAAAGUGUCGCUCGCGUCAUCACUCUUCAACACCAUCAGAUAAAAUGAAGAUAUAGAUAAGUAUUGUUGACAGUGAUGCUGCAUAGCAGAUGGAGACUGUUGUUACGUAAUUUUAAGUCCAUCAUUAUGUGCUCUUGAUUUGUUUCAUUGUGAAGAGAUGUUGUGUCCGACUGCACUUAAAUUGCAAUGGUGGUUAGGGCACGGUUAGAACGACAUGAUAAUUAAUCAUCUCGUUUUAUUCCGUUUACGCAUAAAAAUUACUUUUUUAUAAGAUGAAUUUUGCUUUUAUUUUUCCUUCCAAGUUUGAGUGAAGUUCGACAAAACGCCUCUGUACCGAAAUAUGUAAAAGCUUAGUUUAAUUUCGUAUCGUCGCGUACAAAAAUUAGCCUCGCUCGGAUCAAUGUCAGAUUCUCUCAAUUUUUUCCGUUGUAUAAACAUAAUAAUGUAUAAUAACCAGUGAUUUUCAAUGUUACAAAUCGCUAUAAGUCUUUGAUGAUAUAAAUAAAACUUUUUCGUUUUUUCAUGGCUUUGUUAAGUUUGAGCUUAGAACUUUCGUUUGAUCUCUUUAUUUGUGUUUUUGAAUUUUAGUUCUGACUAUCAUUUUAGUUUAAUUUAUUACGAAUAAACGAUCGAAUAGGUUUUUAAUAAUUUUGUUCACGGAUCUCAGUUUUGCGUUAAAUUCCAAAUAAAAUAGUGUUAAGGCUUCGUUCUUCGUUUAGGUGAAUUAAGUGAACCAGCUUAAGCAUACGCCAAAUAUAAAUUGGUUAUCUCGUAAACAUUUUACGCAAUUUUUUAUUAAUAAUUUUCCAAGCAACGAAAUAUUUCUAGUACUAUUAAUAAAAUUGUACACAUUACUUCUCGAAUUGUGAGUGUAAAUAAAUAGUAGUUCGUUAGAUUUUUGUUAAAAUAAAUUAAGACAUUUUUUCGACUGUUCUGUUUUGAAAAAAAAACACGCACCAAAUU